CUGAUUCAGUUCGUAAUGUUUGUGAGGCUAACAUCAAACAAGCUUUCCUUGGUUAUGGCUUGAUGAAACUUGGCCUUGCCCCACAAUCGAUGAGCCUCGCCACCAUCACAGUGCUCCAACGCCAUCGCGUGACAUGCGAACAGCAGCAGCACACGUGAGGGACUCACACAAUGGCUGCCCACGAUGCUGUUCUUACUUACAGCGCCGCCCUGAUAGUGGCAUCAGGAGAAAUCGCUAGACCAAAACCGUAAUCGGAAAUCGCGAACCCGGCCUCGUCAUCCGGCGCCGCUAUUACCCCACAAGAAUUACGCCGACAUCUUCUGACGUCUCAAGACCUGCACACCUCACUCGGCCUACCGUACUCACUCAGUCGCUGCGGUACACAGAACAAGGUCGUUAGCUCAACACGAUGAACUGCCCUUCGCGUACGGAGCCGGAAUUUCCGGAAGGGUACAACCAGAACCCCAAUGCGCUCAACGCAGAUGCAACAACAAGAGCGGACCUUGGAUACAUGGCAAACACAAGAGCUAGGGAUGAUCACCGGAUAGAUUUCAGCAGCGCUGAUAACGGAUUGGCGAUAGGUCAUCGACAAGUGGAUGAAGAUGACGGGACGUUGCAAGCAAAAGCUUUCGAUGGCCUGCGCAGAAGAAGCGAUGUAGCCGGGAAGGCAGGCCCCGGUGCUGCUGAAGCAGCCAUCCGACCGUCCGCCAUUUUUGGCGUAGACCAAGAAAUCGUCCAUUCAGGCCGUCGUGGAGGUAUCCUCAGCCGUGCUAUCGAGGUCGUUCGCAAGUACUUGAAGUUUAUUGGGCCUGGCUUCAUGGUUGCCGUAGCGUAUAUUGAUCCUGGAAACUACGCUACUGAUGUUGCUGCCGGUGCCUCGUUUGAGUUCAAGUUGCUUUUCAUCGUCUUGAUGUCCAAUAUGUUCGCAAUCUUUCUUCAAGCUUUGUGCAUCAAACUAGGUUCCGUUACUGGAAUGAACCUUGCACAGAAUUGCAAGGCUCAUCUGCCGCCGUGGUUGAAUUAUGUCCUUUACUUCUUUGCAGAAUCCGCUAUUAUCGCGACAGAUAUCGCUGAGGUCAUCGGUACCGCAAUCGCGUUAAAUAUACUGAUCAAAGUCCCACUGGUCGCUGGAUGUGCUAUAUCUAUUGUAGAUGUUCUGAUCAUCCUCAUCUUUUACUCACCAUCUGGCACCAUGCGUGCAGUCCGAGGCUUCGAAUGCUUCGUAGCAUUGCUUGUGCUCGGUGUUGUCAUUUGUUUCUGCUUCGAACUCAGCAAGAUUCACGCUUCGGUGGGCGAAGUUUUCCAUGGCUAUGUUCCUUCUUCGACUCUGGUCAAAUCGCAAGCGCUUUAUCAAGCUUGCGGUAUUUUGGGUGCUACCGUCAUGCCCCAUAGUCUCUAUCUGGGUAGCGGCAUCGUACAGCCGCGUCUGCGCGAGUAUGACGACCAACACAACUCCACGUCUUUUCGUGACGCCGACACCGACUCCCUGACAGACGAACUGAAGUACAGACCGUCUCUUGCCGCUAUCAAGCAUUGCAUGUCAUACAGCAUUGCAGAGCUUGCCAUCUCUCUCUUCACGUUCGCUCUCUUCGUCAACUCAGCUAUCCUUAUUGUGUCCGGUGCGUCGCUUUACGGCCAAUCAGAAGCAACAGAUGCAGAUCUCUUCUCCAUACACAGUCUCUUGUCACGGUCCAUCGCACCUAUCGCAGGUACCUUAUUCGCUCUUGCAUUGCUUCUCUCUGGAACAUCGGCUGGGAUCGUAUGCACCAUUGCCGGGCAGAUGGUAUCGGAAGGCCAGCUAAACUGGACAAUGAGACCAUGGAUGCGUCGCCUUUUGACACGAACAAUCAGUAUCACACCGUCCAUCGUCAUCGCUGGCUCUGUUGGACAAGAAGGACUGAGCAAGGCUUUGAACGGUAGUCAGUUCGCACUAAGCGUCAUACUGCCUUUCGUAAGCGCACCUCUAAUUUGGUUCACUUGCCGAGCGCAAUACAUGAAGGUCCUUGUAAGGCCCGGUAGUAGUGCAGCUCCUUCUGAACGAGAAUCAGCUGGUGCCUCCGACAGUUAUGUGCAGAUGCGCAACCAUUGGAUUACGACGGCUUUCGCAGUUAUAAUCUGGGGAGUCAUUGUCGUCAUGAAUGUCGCUGCUUUGGUGUUUGCAGGUAUGGGAGUCUCUUAGCGGUUGUUCUCGAUGAGUGUUAGCUCUCUCGACGACAGGCAUGUGCUCAUCAGAGCUCGUGUCAACUCCCGUUCCUGUCGGCGUGUGUCGUGUUUCGAACAAUCAGGGUGGGACUUCAGUCAAAAGGCGUACUAUUCAAGGGCUGCAUGCUACGAUUUCGCUUUGUCGAGGGUAUCAAUUAGCUCCGUAGGCACUUCCUUAUGGCUACUUGAAGAGUUAGAGUCAAGAAAAGCGAGUCGUUGAUUUUAAUCGCUGGAGUUUGUUGUAAUUUCUUCCAACGGUUCGUCUUCGACCUUGCAGCGGAUUGUACUGGGGCAAGCCGGCGUCAAGCAAACAAUCACAACAACAUUGUUCCCAGCUUAUAGGGCAUAAACUCUUGUCAGAAGCAACGGCUGCGUCAUUCGAGCCUUGGAUAUGCUACUCUUGUAACCUU